AAAGAUAAAUUAAUUAAUGUAGAUUAUUAAUGUUCCGAAUUCGGUACACUGUUUAUAAUGGUACAAAUGACUAUAACCAUUAAAAUGUAGAGCUAAACCAGUAACUUCUACAUAUUAGAGAGUAUAUAAUCAAAAUCUGAGCGCACAUAACUCUGCCUUUUAUGGUUACAUUGUCACCUCCAAGCGGCACCUUUUGUGCAUGUUCCUGUUUCUAGUCGGACUUAUUUUGAAUCCGCACUAGCCAUGGCCGCCUCCGGUAGCAAAUCAUGCCUCCAAUAUCUCUUCCAUCUGGCUCAAGACCAUCUGGAUUUUAGGUUACCGGAGAUUAAGGCUCUGCUGGCUCUCCGACUGAAACCAUUCCAUCCCUGCGGAAACUUCAAAGAGCAGUCUCCUUUCUGGUGCUUGGACUGCUUGUCGGAGGAAGAUGUUUGCACCGUGAUGGCCAGAUCUGUUUGUGCAAAGUCUGCUUUUGAGCUCUGGGGCCAUGGACGAACACACAGUGAACUCAGGACAUCCCUGUUAAACUAUCCACCAGAAAAAAUGAGUCCGUACAUGCAGAAAGGCUCUUCGUACAGAAUAAAUGUCUACACUUUCAAUAAAACGUUGUUGUUUGAGGACAGAAUUAAAAAGAUUGAUGCCAUGGAUUAUCUUCCCUUUGAAGGCACCGUGAGCCUGAAGAACCCUCAGCACAUCUUCUGUUUGUUGGAGGACUAUGGCACCGACCCCAACAACAUCCCUGAGCAUCCAAACUACAUCUACUUUGGCAGAUGGAUAGCAGACGGUCAGCGGGAACUGAUUCGCUCCUACAGCGUGAAGAACAGACAUUUCAUCGGGAACACCAGCAUGGACGCCGGCCUGUCGUUCAUCAUGGCCAACCACGCAAUGGCCAAAGACAGCGACCUUGUUUUUGACCCAUUUGUAGGCACAGGGAGCCUUUUGGUUGCGUGUUCUCAUUUUGGAGCGUACGUGUGUGGAACAGACAUCGAUUACAACACUAUUCACGGAAAAGGCCGGUCCAGUCGUAAAAACCAGAAAUGGAGAGGACCCGAUGAGAACAUCCGAGCCAACCUCCGGCAGUACGGAAAAGAGGACAUGUAUGUGGACGUGAUGGUGUCUGACGCGUCCAAGCCGGUGUGGAGGAACGCACCUCUGUUUGACGCAGUCAUCACUGAUCCUCCAUACGGAAUUAGAGAGUCAACCAGAAGGACUGGCUCCCAUAAGGACACUAUUAAAUCCCCUGAUGGGCUAUAUGCAGAGUCCCACGUACCUGUCUCACAGGCGUACCACCUGAGUGACAUCUUUACAGAUCUGUUAAGCUUCUCCGCCCACCAUCUUGUCUUGGGUGGGAGGCUUGUCUAUUGGCUGCCUGUACACAGGCCAGAGUACUGCGAGGAGAUGGUUCCUCUUCAUCCUUGCCUUCUUCUCAUCAGUAACUGCGAGCAGACGCUCUCCAGCCACACGUCACGGCGGCUAAUCACCAUGGAAAAAAUUAAGGAGCCAGAGCAAACCCUCGCCAUCUGGCUGUGAUUGGCUCGUUUCUUUUAUACUGGAACCCUAAAUGGCUUAAUCACACGUCGUAUGGAAAACAAUCCGUCUUUGGAUCUGACAUCCAGUCCACUUCAAAACCCACAAAAUUGCUCCCAUGAACGGCGCUGUACAACAUGCGCACACAAACACAGAGUUGUGUGAUGUUAUCUGAGCGGUAUCUGUCUCAGGUUGCAUUUUUCUUUUCUUUCCAAAUGGCUUUCAGAGUGCUCCUAUCUGCUCGCUUUAAUCAGGCUUCCCAGCCUGAUGUUUCCCAAGCAAAUGUUUGCUUCACUUUGACGUGUGUGUGUGUGUGUGUGUGUGUGUUCAUGCUCUUUCUGUGUUUCUAUGUUUCUAUGGUAAAUGACAUGGCCUUAUACCUUUUAACAUUUGAUUUCUAAUCGGAAAAAGAUUUGUUUGAUUUAGAAAUGUCAGCUUCCAGUCCACUCUCUGUAUCUGAAUUUAAAUAUCUGCCAAUGCUGAUGUUUUCCAUCCAGGAGCUGAAACAGGCUUCUUCUGCUAAGCUUGUGGCUUUUUUAGGUAGUAGCAUAUUGGUCCCCCAAAAAAAAUCUGAAUUUGCUUCAUCCAGUGACAGAAACACUCAACUGUGAUUUACAUUUUUAGCUGCCGCUUUUCUGUAAAUUCAGAAAUGAACCGGUACCCAUUAUUUCGGUUCAGUUUAGUUAAAAAAUACUAAAUACUACUAAAUUUAACAGCGGAAGUGACGUCACGCUACUUGCGAGAUUGAGAGAAGUAACGCUGAAAGCUCGGUGAAAUAGGGGUUUAUUCUUUGGAGAAAUAAAGUAAAAUAAUAAUAUAAUAAUAAAAUAAAAAUAAACUAAAAUAUUCUUUUAAUUGGCAGCCAUGUCCAGGAGGGUACGAUGUUUGAAAAUCAUGUGAUGGCGUUAUUGUUGGUUUAAAAUUAUAGUGAUGAUAUAAGUUUUGAUUAAAAAAAACACAUUUUCAUUACUCCUUUCUUCCAACCUUAUGCAUAUUGCUCAUUAUAAUCAGUGUCUGCAGAAGUGAGACUCCAUCCAAAUGCUUGAAUAUAUUAAUGGAUUGCAAAAUGUAAACUCAAGCAAUUAUUUCUUUUCAAACUGUUCUUGGUAAUUUUAUAAAUGUGCGCACUGUUUUUGGGAUGGCAAUGUCGGCUGCGUUAUCAUUACUUCCGCCAUUUUUUGCAUUGAAUACAAGCUUUUCUUCUGUGAAUUGUCUCAAUCUACAGCAACUUUAAGUUCUUUU